UGUUUGCUUUGACGCGUCACCGCUGUUGCUCCACGGUCUCCAGUGUGGAUUUACAUACCCUGAUUUCCGUCGGACUGGGGAGCGAAAGAGGAGGGUGGUUAGCCUUUCAGGAACUGAGGAAACAGCAACAAGCAGCGUAAUUUAACAAAUGUACAACUUUUAGCCCCGUCGUCGCUCCUCUCGCGCCUUCUGUCCUCCGUAGGACUAACUGUUUACGCUGCUUCUUUUGCCUCUCAGUGGUUCUCUCACUGGAUCAUAGCCCUUGUCUGGAGGAGGGCUGGGAGGUUUUCAGAGAAGUCUGGAAGCAGAUCAGCUUGAGCCCGGUUUGAAGGGCUGUGGCCAUGGCCGGGGGUGGCGGUGGUGGUGGGGUUUCUCCGUUGGGGCCCACGCCGCCGAUGUGGUAUCACCGAGACCUGAGUCGGGCGGCCGCCGAGGAGCUGCUGGCCCGGGCUGGGAGAGACGGCAGCUUCCUGGUGCGGGACAGUGAGAGUGUCAACGGGGCUUACGCUUUGUGUGUACUGUUUCAGAAGCAUGUCCACACGUACAGAAUCCUCCCAGAUGAUGAGGGGUUUCUGGCUGUGCAGACCUCUCAGGGCGUGCAGCCCAAGCGGUUUAAGACGUUACCAGAGUUGGUGUCGCUGUACUUACAGCCCAGCCAGGGCCUGGUCACCACCCUGCUGUACGCUGUGGACAGAGAGGAAACAGCCAUCAGCGAUGACAGGGACUAUUCAGAUGGGGAGGAUGAGAAGCCUCCCCUUCCUCCUCGCUCUGCCUCCACCUCCGCCUCCACCCCCCCUGGACCAGACACACCAACAGACAGUGCUCCAGCGGCUAACGGCCUGAGCACCAUCUCCCAUGAGUACCUGAAGGGCAGCUACGCUCUGGACCUUGAGGCCGUCAAACAGGGAGCCUGCUCCCUGCCUCACCUCAACAAAACUUUGGUGGCCUCCUGCAAGCGCCUUAAUGGGGAGGUGGAUAAGGUUCUGUCUGGUCUGGAGAUCCUGUCUAAAGUCUUUGAUCAGCAGAGUGCUUUCAUGGUCUCCAAGAUGAUCCAGCAGUCGGUAAAUCAGGGUGGAGACCAGGAGUUGGAGAACCUUGUGACCAAGUUGGCAAUUCUCAAAGACCUGUUGUCCUCAAUAGAGAAGAAGGCUCUGAAAGCUCUCCAGGACAUGAGUUUAGCCUCUCCAUGCUCCCCUCCUCCUCCUCUCUCCAUGCGUCACAGCAAAGCCAUCCCCGUGCAGGCCUUCGAGGUAAAGCUGGAUGUUUACCUGGCAGAGCUGACAAAGAUAGGAAAAAGUCAGAAGUACACUCUGUCUGUGGAUGUGGAGGGAGGACGACUGGUGGUGAUGAAGAAGGUGAAGGACAGCCAAGAGGACUGGACCACCUUCACUCAUGACAAAAUCCGUCAGCUGAUCAAGUCUCAGCGGGUGCAGAAUAAACUGGGCAUUGUUUUUGAGAAGGAGAAGGACAAGAGCCAGAGGAAAGACUUCAUCUUUGCUAGUGCCAAGAAGCGGGAGGCAUUUUGCCAACUGCUGCAACUGAUGAAGAACAAACAUUCCAACCAAGAUGAGCCCGACAUGAUCUCCAUCUUCAUAGGCACCUGGAAUAUGGGCUCAGUGCCUUCGCCUAAGUCUGUGGCCUCGUGGGUGUUGUGUCGCGGCCUCGGGAAAACUCUGGACGAGAUGACGGUCACCAUCCCUCAUGACCUUUAUGUGUUUGGAAGCCAAGAAAACUCUAUGUGUGAUCGGGAGUGGGUGGAGUCACUACGCACUCUGUUGAAAGAACAGACCGAAUUGGAUUAUAAACCGAUUGCAGUGCAAACUCUGUGGAACAUAAAAAUUGCUGUGUUGGUUAAACCUGAACAUGAGAACCGGAUCAGCCAUGUGGUGAUGUCCAGUGUGAAGACGGGCAUCGCCAACACAUUGGGUAACAAAGGAGCUGUGGGUGUGUCCUUCAUGUUCAACGGCACAUCUUUCGGUUUUGUGAAUUGUCACUUGACGUCAGGGAAUGAGAAGAUUGCCAGGAGGAACCAGAACUACCUAGACAUCCUACGCCUGCUGUCCCUCGGAGACAAACAGCUGAGCUCUUUUGAUAUCUCACUGCGCUUCACGCACCUCUUCUGGCUGGGAGACCUCAACUACAGGCUGGAUAUGGAUAUACAGGAAAUUUUAAACUACAUUAACAGGAAGGAGUUUGACCCUCUGCUGAAGGUGGACCAGCUGAACUUAGAGAGGGAGAAGAACAAAGUAUUUUUACGCUUCGCGGAAGAAGAGAUCUCUUUCCCACCCACCUACCGCUACGAACGUGGCUCAAGGGACACAUAUGUCUGGCAGAAACAGAAGGCCACGGGGAUGAGGACUAAUGUUCCCUCCUGGUGUGACAGGAUCCUGUGGAAGUCAUACCCAGAAACACAUAUUGUCUGCAACUCCUACGGAUGUACAGAUGAUAUAGUGACCAGCGAUCAUUCCCCUGUGUUUGCUACGUUCGAGGUGGGGGUGACCUCCCAGUUUGUUUCCAAGAAAGGUUUGCCAAAGUCUUCAGAGCAGGCCUACAUUGAGUUUGAGAGCAUAGAGGCCAUAGUGAAGACAGCAAGCCGAACCAAGUUCUUCAUCGAAUUCUACUCCACUUGUCUGGAAGAGUUUAAGAAGAGUUAUGAGAACGACAGUCAGAGCAGCGACAACGUCAACUUCCUCCGUGUGGGCUGGUCUAACAAGCAGCUAACAACGCUCAAACCCCUCCUCUCUGAGAUAGAGUACCUGCAGGACCAACAUCUGCUGCUGACAGUGAAAUCAUUGGAUGGAUACGAGUCCUAUGGAGAGUGUGUGCUAGCUCUGAAGUCUAUGAUUGGCAGCACAGCACAGCAGUUCCACACUUACCUGUCGCACCGCGGCGAGGAAACAGGAAAUAUCAGGGGGUCCAUGAGGGUCAGAGUCCCCUCUGAAAGGAUGGGAACCAGGGAGAGACUCUACGAGUGGAUCAGUGUGGACAAGGAUGACACCGGCGGACCUAAAGGGAAAUCCACUAUGGUAUCCAGAGUGGGACAUGAAUAUGUCAAGCCAUCUGUGAUCCGUAAACAGCUUGGAGAACUGGGAAAGGUCAGCGAGGAGGGAGAAAGGAGCAGCAAAGAGGAAACAGCUGCAAGGCCCAAACAGGAUGCAACAGACAGUGAUCCAUCCAUCAGCAAGAACAGCUACAAUAAUCCUGCCUACUACAUCCUGGAGGGUGUUCCCAAUCAAUCAGCAGCUGCUCUCUCGCCUGAACUUCUCCCAUCUCCUACCUCCGCAAACCCGCAGGUUGCUAAAGCGCCUCCUCCCUCAGCCAGCGUUCGAACCAAACCCCCCUAUGGGGGCUCAGGGCACUCUCACCCACGCAGAACCAUGACGGGGCACCCGGUCCGUGCUAUUAGUGAGGAGGGCUCCUCAGAGGACGAUGGAGGCCCCUGUGUAACGGGAACACAGGGAGUGCAGGGGGGUGGUGUCGGAACAGCCGUUGGAAGCACCCUGAACCGACCCCCUCCUGACUUCCCCCCUCCUCCUCUUCCAAAGGGAGCCUUGGAGAUGGUAGCAGAGGCUACCUUCCCCAAAUCUCGCCCUCUUUACCCAGACUUAGCUGAGGUCAGGAUCCCAGCAACCAAUCCCCCUGGCCCACCUCCCCUCGGAGAGGGCUUUAGACGAGCUGGAGGAGCAGUUGGACCAGGGGCACUGGACGACCAAUCGUGUUCUGUGCUCCAGAUGGCGAAGACGUUGAGUGAAAGUGAGUAUCCUGGGCAGCCUCCACGUGCUCCGUCCGCUCCGCCGCCUCUCAGAGGUCAGCCAAUGGGUUUAGGUCUGGAUGCUUGCCGCACCUUCCCACCCAGAAAUCCCAUCACAGAGAGUAUCGCAGAGGACAUGCCUGAGGAGGCCCUCUGGGGCAGCAGUAGUUCGUCUCUGUCUGUUGGGGAGUCUUCGGUGGGCGAGUGGCUGCAGAGACUGGGACUGGAGAGGUAUGAGCAGGGACUUCUUCACAACGGCUGGGACGACCUGGAGUUCCUCAGUGACAUCACCGAGGAAGACUUGGAGGAGGCGGGAGUGCUCGACCCUGCCCACAAGCGGGUCCUGCUGGAGAGUCUCAGGCAGCAGCAACAACAGCAGCAACAGAAAUAAACUGUAUCGAACUGGUCUGUGACUGGUCCAUGCUGGCCUGGUAACACACACCGGGUCCCAAGAGGCCAAAUCUCAGCUGAACUGAACUGAGCUGGAACAUGCCAAUUGAUGCCAGACUGUGCCUUCUGAGAGAAAUUGCACUCUGUUUGUACUUUUUAAAAAAAACAAGCAAACAAAACAACCUUUGUUGAACCACCAUCCUUUUUCACACGUACUGUAUGUGUAUUGUCGUUGUCGUAGAGGUGGCCUUAUUUAAUGAGAAUCAUUUCAGUCCUCCACGCAUCACUACAUAACCCUUGGCUUUAAACCUAAUGAGCAGAUGCAGGAUGAGAUGGUUUUAGCUUUCCAGGUGUCGUGCGUGUGGCACCAUCAGUCCUGACCUACGUCUUCAAGCUAGCGUUAAAGCUUGUUUUCCCUUCUUUUCCUGAGGAUCCUUAACUUGGCACUGAUAGAGUUUAACGCUCCUUGGAAAUGGGAAACUGCAAGCUUUCAGUUUUAAAAUAAAAUGAGAAAGAGGGAUGUUUGUGCGAAACCAGAGCCCUAAAGAAAAAAAUGCUGCUUGUGUCUUUAAACAUCAGCUCUGAGUCUCAGCCCCCCCCCGAGUGGUUACAUUUGGACAACUUUGGGAAUUGUUUGAGGGCGCUCAAGGGUAAUGUCAGCUCAUAGCUGGAGCAGUGCAGCCUCCUUUCUUCCGUGAUGGAGGCAGACAGGAAGUGGUGACAGGAGAGGAGCUAGCCCUGAUUUGUGUCAGUGAUGAUGUCUGGGUCACUGUUGUUAAAAUGGUGGCAUUUCUGUCCUCAGUGUCUCUGCAUGUAUUUAUGUGUUUUUGAUUGUUUUUUAAAUGAUAAAGGGAAUAUGGAGCAAACCAGCCAAUCUGGUCCUGCUAGAGCUAAAAGCACAUUUCCGCUCCAUACAACAUUUAUGUGAGUGUUUGACAUCACCUGAUCCUGGUGUGUGUUAUGUACAUGCUGGACACUGAUUACCCCCCACACUUCCUUUGACAAAUGAGAAAUGCAGCACACUUUUUCCUGGUGCACUCAUUACUUGGUCGACCAUUGGUUGGUAACAUAAGUAUACACAAAAGUAUCAUUUUGAACAUUUCACAAAGUGCAUUUCAAGUGGUCAAACGUUGAAUUAACAGAUGAAGAAAGAAACUGACUAAUAGUUAUUCUACAAAAGAUUUACUCAGCCAUCAUAUUGUCAUUGUCUUUUUCCUUGUAGUGUACUCUGGAGAUUUGUCUCUGUUUUCCUGAUUUUAUUUGUUAUUUGUUACUUUUUUUGUUCCAUUCCCAGAGACAUGGUGGGAGAAGAUGUCACAUCUCAUUAUACUAUAUUAAAAACAGGAAAGUCAGGUUUCUGCAGAACACUGGAUGGUUUGAGGGCUGUUGUUGUUGUUGUUUUCUGAUGUAACCAGCAAGUGGUGCUGCUACUCCAUGAACCUCAUCAGUAGACGCUGACUGUGGAAACUUUGGAGAAAAUAAGACACAACCAAGUCAUGUUCAGUGACAGGAGUUAUAUUUUAUAGCUAUGCUCAAUGGUUUGUUUAUAUGUUGUUCAUAAGCAGUUAAAAAUCUGAGAGCCUUUUUCUUUAUUUAAAUCCUGCCUCUUCCUCCUGCCUGCGAAAGUAAAAGCCAAGCUGAUAAGCCAGUCCAUAGUUGUUUUAGAUUCAUCUUAGCACAGCUGACGCCUUUUGUUCACAAAGGUGGAUCACACCAAAAUAUUUCUCCAUUUGAGCACACAAGUUGCUUUUGCCACUGAAAUAUGAUGUAAAAUAUUUUGCCAUGUCAGCAGCUUAUCACGAGAAGGCCUUCAACGUAGAACUCUAAUCCCUGAAGGAAUGUGCUGCUGCAUGACUGGGACUAAACAUGAUGAAAUUUUUAAGGAUGUGAUUGUGGCAGUUUCAUUGCAUUUGUCAUGUCUGAAAAAAUGUUUAGUCUUUCCUGAGUUUCUUUACAUUUAUGUUGCUCCCGUACAAGCUUAGGCUCAGCUACUAACCCGCUAACAGCUGAACAGUCACGACAUAGAGACUGUGGAUGUGCCAUUCAGAAAUGUUAAAUCUAAUCUUUUUUAGGUCUUUUGGCCUUUCAGUGUUCUCAGUUGUGUGUGUGUGUGUGUGUGUGUGUGUGUUUUUGUAAUUGUGUGUAUAUGAGUGAAAAGGAAACUUUGCCGUUGUUGUUUUCUCUGACACACUCCAUUUUAUCUUGUUCCUCCAUGUAGUUUAUUCUUUUGGUUAUGUUAAAUUAAUGUAAGUUGUUCACCCAUGUCAUUUUUUUUUCAAUUAAAAUCUAAUAUCUUUCCUUAAUUUAC